CUGUUUGUCUCUUCCAGCCACACCAACCUGCUCUUACAGGCUCCUCCCUUGGGGGUGUGGUCUCGCAGCCUAAUUUUCAGCCAGGAACACUUUUGGUCAGUUAGCGAAUGCCUUGGCAUCACUCAAGUUCUGCAGUUGGAAUUUGUGCUGUGCUGAGGUGAACAUGAAGUUCUCUGUUGGCAUCUUUGUCCUGACCUGCUUCACUCUGCUCGGACUUGGCUCAGCAAUUCGCUGUUACAGUUGUAAAGAUUACACGGCCAGCUGCUCCAAACAACGCGACUGCAGCUAUGAUGACGCCUGUCUGACGCUCACAGAGAGAGGAGGGAUGACCUAUCGCCAGUGCCUCAAGUAUUCAGACUGCGAGUACGGCCGACUGGGACAGAUGUUCCCACAGGUGUCCAGUUUUACAUUCAAGUGCUGCAACUCGGAUCUGUGUAACUCCGCCCAUUCUGCCGCAGCAAGCUCACUGAUUGGUGCGCUGGCGUCUGUGGUCGCCACAUGGUGGGUGACCCACUAACGCCGCCGGUUUGACGACCGAUCCCUGCUUCCUGCCACGCCGUCAAUGUCCAGGUGGAGCUGAUUAUUGGUUG